GUGUGGAGUUGUGACACAACAAAUGGAAUUUGCACAAAUGUAUUCUGGAAAGUCUUCAAUGAACCAAAAGGCUUAACAUGUAUCGACUGUUCUACUUUUGAUGUCAACUGUGUUGCAUGUGCCUCAAAUGGAGAAAGAAAGUGUAUCACGUGUCGUGAGAACAGUGGGUUUUAUUUGUUCAAUGGAAGGUGUGUGGUGUGUGACUUAACUUGCAAAGCAAAUACAUGUAACUCGACAAAUGGAUAUUGCUCGCAAUGUUUGUUGAAUUACACAGUGACUUCUCCAAUAUCGAAAGUCUGUGUAAAGUGUUCUUCAUUUGAUUCGUACUGCUCGAAAUGUGCAACUGACUUCACCAGAAAGUGUGAGUUGUGUUCGAGUGGUAAAUACCCAAAAUCCACAGAAAGCUAUAAAUGUACCGAUUGUGACUCGACGUGUGGUAGUCAAUGUAAUGGUUCAACUGGUGUUUGCACUGGGUGUCUGUCAAAUUAUGUGUUUUCAACAACAAACAGUUUGGUGUGUGACAAAUGCUCAACAUAUGAUGCAAAUUGUCUCACGUGUGAUUCAUCAUACCAACGGAAAUGUGUGACAUGCAAGACAAGUGGGAUGUAUCCCGAUGAAUCAACAAAGAAGUGCAAAUCAUGCAGUACCACAUGCAAUGGCAAUUGUGAUCAAACUAGUGGUAUCUGCACUGCUUGUAUGACUAAUUACGUGUUUGAAGAGACAAAGAGUAAAGUGUGUGUCACUUGCAAAACAUUUGACAGCAACUGCAAAACAUGCAAAUCAGACUACACACGAAAAUGUGUUGAUUGUGAAAAUGGGGAUUAUCCCAACAGUGCUGGUGUAUGUGUGCCUUGCAACAAUGGUAAUUGUACAACGUGUAAUUCUGCGACUGGUAUUUGCACCUCUUGUGUUUCCAAUUACGUGUUUACAAAUCCGCCGAGUACCACAUGUGUUGCUUGCAAAGAUUUUGACUCGAAUUGUGAAAUAUGUUCAACAGAUAAUUCACGAACUUGCAUUUCUUGCAAAGCCAAUAUGUACCCGGAUGCUACAUAUACAUGUAAGAGUUGUGAUACCUCAUGUGGUGGAAGUUGUAACACAACAAACGGAAUUUGCACAUCAUGUUCAACACAGAGUGUCUUCACAGAACCAAAAUCGACAAAGUGCAUCAGUUGUAGUGUCUUUGACACGUCUUGUGUCAGUUGCAACAAUUCACCAAACAGAAUAUGCUCAACGUGUUCAACAGGAAAAUAUCCCCAAGCAUCUGGAAAGUGUGGCGAGUGUGAAUCGACGUGUGGCGGGAAAUGUAAUACAACGAACGGGUAUUGCACCGGUUGCACUGCCAAUUACGUCUUAUACGAGACAAGCAAUUUGAAGUGCCAAAAGUGUUCCGACUUUGAUCCGAAUUGCAAGACGUGUGCAUCUGAUUACACACGAAAGUGCACCCAAUGCAACGCGGGCUAUUAUUUGGUGAACAACAAAUGUGUUGCAUGCGAUUCUUCGUGUAACAAACAGUGUGAUCAAACUAAUGGCUAUUGCACUGGAUGUGUGACCAAUUAUAUCAAAUCCGACACAAACCCAAAGACUUGUGUUGCUUGUUCUACACUGGAUUUAAACUGUUUAACGUGUUCAACAAACGGAGAUCGAAAAUGCGAGAUGUGUACAAAUCAAACGUAUGUCAAUCCCACGACAUUCAGAUGUGUUGCUUGUCCGUCUGGAUGUGACAAUUGCAACGGGAAAACUGGCGAAUGUACAAAUUGUGCUAAUAAUUACGUUGUAUCAGCAAGCGAUUCGACAAAGUGCGAAUCUUGUUCUACUUUUGACUCAUAUUGUAACAUUUGUGCAUCUGAUGCAUCAAGAAAGUGUGUUAGCUGCAUUUCAAACUAUUAUCCAAAUUCCACAUACAAAUGUCAAUUGUGUGACUCAACAUGUGGUGGACAGUGUAAUCCAACAAAUGGGUAUUGCACUGGAUGUGCUACCAACUAUGUCUUAUUUGAAACAAACAAUGUGAAGUGCCAAAAUUGUUUUCAAAUGGAUUCUAAUUGCAAUAAGUGCGCGACAGACUUUUCACGUAAAUGCAUUGAUUGUGUGAAUGGGUAUUACCCUGACUCUAAUGGCAUGUGUGUUUUAUGUGACCCUUCUUGUAAAGACAAAUGCGAUACACAAAUGGGGUAUUGUGAGUCGUGUAUUUCUAAUUAUGUCUUGUAUUCAUCAAAUAAUUUGAAGUGCCAACCCUGUUCUUCAUUUGAUUCAAAUUGCAAAACGUGUGCAACUGACUUUACCAGAAAAUGUGUUGAAUGCAAUUCAAUGUUUUAUCCAAAAACAAGUGGCGAUUAUAUGUGUCAGAGUUGUGAUUCGACAUGUGGAGGUCAAUGCAGUGGCUCAACUGGAUUUUGCACGGGGUGUCUGUCAAAUUACGUGUUUUCCAUAACAAACAGUUUGGUGUGUGACAAAUGCGCAACAUAUGAUGCAAAUUGCCUGACGUGUGAUUCAUCAUACCAACGGCAGUGUGUGACAUGCAAGACAAGUGGGAUGUAUCCCGAUGAAUCAACAAAGAAGUGCAAAUCAUGCAGUACCACAUGCAAUGGCAAUUGUAAUCAAACAAGUGGUAUCUGCACUGCCUGUAUAAUUAAUUACGUGUUUGAAGAGACAAAGAGUAAAGUGUGUGUCACUUGCAAAACAUUUGACAGCAACUGCAAAACAUGCAAAUCAGACUACACACGAAAAUGUGUUGAUUGUGAAAAUGGGUAUUAUCCUAACGAUGCUGGCAAAUGUGUGGCUUGCAACACUAUUGAUACAUAUUGCAAAACGUGCAAUUCAAAGAUCAAAGAGUGUUUGACAUGUCAAGACCCGUAUUACUUAUCCAGUCAGAAGUGUGUGAGUUGUUCUUCUGGCAGUUACAAAAACACUGAAACAUCAUGUGGACAGUGUUACAAUGAUUUGCCCAAUUGCCAAACAUGUUCAACGCAAUCUGUUGGUGUUCCUGUGUGUACUACAUGCUAUUCUCCAUAUGUCUUGGCUUCUCAAACAAAAACGUGUGUGAGUUGCACAACCACCCAAAUAUACAACAAAACAACACAAAAGUGCGACAGCAGUGCUAUUGGUUGUUUGACAGGAUUGACUAAUCAGCAGUGUUUGCGAUGUGAUGGGUCGUAUUACCUUUCUGAAUUAAAAUGUGUUGCAACAAACAACUGUAACACCCCAUCAACAAUAUCAAAAGUGUCAUGUGACUGUGCACACCAGAUAUCAGUCAACUCCGAUUGCAAGAGCAAAGUCUCAAAUUGCAAAUAUCAAAGAAAUUACAAAACCCAAAGUGAAUGUAUUCACUGUGAUGACAAUUAUUUACUUAAUGGAGUGACUUGUCAGAAGGUAGCAGCUGGUAAUACAAUAAGGAACGAUGUUGUCUAUAAAUGUGUUAAUGAUAAUUAUCUUGGAUAUAACAAUCAAUGUAACGCAUGCAAUCGCAAUGCUUCAAUAUGCGUCAAUUACAACAAUGUCAUUGAAAUCAUCGCAUGCAAAGAACAAUAUACAUAUGACGUGGAAAAUAAGAAAUGUACCAACGACAUUUCUUGUUUAAAAUAUUCAAACGACUUCUGUUCAAAAUGUGUUGGUGACAACAUGGAAAUGCAGGAAGGCAAGUGUGUAACUUGUUCAGUUCCAAAUUGUUUAAAUUGUGAAGGUGGCAAAUGUAAAAAAUGUUCGAAAAAUUAUGUGAUACAAACAAAUGGAUUCUGUGUUGAGAAGAGUGAAGUGAGUUGUGUCAACAGUGAUGGUCUUCGUUGUUUACAGUGCACUGAAAAUUUUUAUCCGACCGACUCAAUUAAUAACGAAGGGAAGUAUGACUACUGUUUGCCACUUUCUUUGGCGCAAAUAGAAGACUGUAAAUAUUCGUAUAUAUUUAAAUCGAAGUGUGUUGAAUGUUUGGACUCAUUCAAAUUGAAGAAUGGAAAUUGUUCUGAACAGUUUGAUGAUGAAAAUGAACAAGAAAACAAUUCAACAAACAUCAAACAAGACUUGAAAGGUGCAGAGGUAUCAUGUUUCAUAAGAAAUAACAAAGGGUGUCAAAGAUGCAAUGAUAUGUAUUACUAUAACAACUGUGAUGGUGAGUGUCUUCUUUGUUCGACAAAUUGCAAAGAAUGUUACAACACAACUUACUGUACUUCAUGCCAACUUGGGUAUUACCUUUCCUCUACUUUUACAUGUGAACCACUUGGCGACCUGUUUACAAAAUGUGACUUGACACUUCCAACGGGUGGUGGAUGUGCAAUUUGCAAAGACAAAUAUUACAAAAGAGAAACUGAUUGCAUUUCUUGUGAUGAAUCAUGUGAGACUUGUGUAGAGGGUGAUUCAUGUUUAACAUGCAAAGAGGAAUACUACAAACUCUCUGGUAGAGAAAAUAAAUU